CAUGCGUGUUGCAGUUUCACCCGGACGGACUUCUUACGUACAAGUACUGUUCAGACAGCAUGGUGGAAGAUCUGAGGAGGCACAAUGGCACAUAGUGUACUUCAUUGUUUUAAGAGGAUAAACUUGCCUGUUCUUAAUGCUUAUAACGAUCUUUUUGUUAACACUCUAUGGAUUCAGUCCCGUAGUUAUGCUAGUAAGAAACCAGUAACCAAAGGCAAAGGUAAAGGAAUGGUAAAGGAAGUUUUUAAGGGCCCAGAAGUCUGUAAGGAUCCAGUAAGACUUUGCACACAUGCAAUCGGAGUCAACAUCUUCAAACAAGGCGAGGAUCCUCUUAUUAAACCCAAGGAGGAAUAUCCAGAAUGGUUGUUUCAGUUGGACCUCGGUCCACCCAAAAACCUCAACGAACUUGAACCAGACAGUCUGGAAUACUGGAAGCUUUUAAGGAAGGAGCAUAUUUGGAGACAUAAUAAACUGCAUAAAGGCAAAAAGAUGUAGAGGCUUUGGACAGAACUAUGCAUCUUUGAGAGCAAGGCCUGGGUGAACCUUUGCCUUCCCAGCAUUCACAGCGGACAUUACCUGAGGCGCAGGUUGAGAUAUGUUUCUCUGCUGAGUGAACUUCAGAUUUGGAGAAGUUUAUCUUCUUUUCCAGUGUAACGGAACAAAUCGGUGCUAUGUCAGAGGAUCAAGUGGUUGUAUUUUUGUUGUCAUUCUUUGUAUUAUUAACGUCACUGUGUUAUUUUUCUUACUUCUGUCUCAUGAAAAAAAUUAAAUUCUAAU